UCUGCCCAUCGCCCAGCUCAUGGCAGCCUACCCAAACCCUCAGUACCCUUCCUGGCACCAACCUCUUUGAGAAACAAACUCCCCAAAUUUCCACCACCCUCCUUUUCAACAAACAAGGGGGAACAAGAGGGGCCGAGGCUGGUGAUCAGGUGAUGACCACGCUGGCCCUCUUCUUUGCCGGCACAGAAACCAUCAGCACGACCCUGCGCUGGGGCUUCCUGCUGCUCAUGAAGCACCCAGAUGUGCAGACCAAGGUGCAUGAGGAGAUUGACCAAGUGAUUGGCAAGAGCCGUCAGCCCAAGUUUGAGGACCGGGCCAAGAUGCCCUACACCGAGGCAGUGAUCCACGAGAUCCAGAGAUUUACAGACAUGUUCCCCAUGGGGUUGCCCCACAGGGUCACCAAGGACACCAAGUUUCGGGACUUCUUCAUCCCCAAGGGCACCGAAGCAUUCCCUAUGUUGGGCUCCGUGCUGAGAGACACCAAGUUCUUCUCCAACCCCCAAGAUUUCAACCCCCAGCACUUCCUGGAUGAGAGAGGGCAAUUUAAGAAGAACGAUGCCUUUCUGCCCUUCUCCAUUGGAAAACGGUACUGUUUCGGGGAAGGCCUGGCCAGAAUGGAGCUCUUUGUCUUCCUUACCACCAUCUUGCAGAAUUUCCACUUCAAGUCCCCACAGUUGCCCAAGGACAUCGAUAUGUCUCCCAAACAUGUGGGCUUUGCCACCAUCCCACGAACCUACACCAUGAGCUUCUUGCCCCACUGA